CCGCAGCUGCUCGGGCCGGGCCGCGGCGGCCGGCGGGCGCUGCCUGCCCGUACCCGCCAUGGCCGCCAAGGGGGCCCGGCAGCGGCCGCGGGCGGGCGGCGGGGACGCGGCGGGGCGGCGGCCCGAGCCCGCGGGCAGCGAGGAGCCGCGGAACGAAUCAUCCGGGAGCAAAGCAGGGCACGUCUGGGCCCCUGAAGGAUCAACAGCUUUCAAGUGUCUCAUCUCGGCCAGGUUCUGUGCAGCGCUGCUGAGCAACAUCUCGGAUUGUGACGAGACCUUUAACUACUGGGAGCCGACACACUACCUCAUUUAUGGGAAGGGGUUUCAGACCUGGGAGUACUCUCCUGCCUACGCCAUCCGCUCCUAUGCUUACCUGUGGCUCCAUGCCUUGCCUGCCUGGUUCCAUGCCAGGGUUCUGCAAACCAACAAGGUUCUCAUCUUCUAUUUCCUGCGAUGCUUCCUGGCCUUCCUGAGCUGCGUUUGUGAACUCUACUUCUACAAGGCUGUGUGCAAGAAGUUUGGGCUGCACGUGAGCAGGCUGAUGUUGGCCUUCCUGGUGCUCAGCACGGGGAUGUUCUGUGCUUCUGCAGCUUUCCUGCCCAGCAGUUUCUGCAUGUACACCACGGUGGUGGCCAUGACGGGCUGGUACAUGGACAGGACCUCGGUGGCAGUGCUGGGGGUGGCUGCUGGAGCCCUGCUGGGCUGGCCCUUCAGCGCAGCUCUGGGGCUUCCUAUUGCCUUUGACUUGUUGAUCCUGAAGAAGAGGUGGAAAAGUUUCCUGAAUUGGUGUGUGGUGUCCUUGAUCCUGUUUUUGGUGCCCUUGGUGGUGGUGGACAGCUAUUACUAUGGGAAGCUGGUGGUGGCACCUCUCAACAUCGUUUUGUACAACGUCUUCACCCCCCACGGGCCUGAUCUCUACGGUACAGAACCCUGGUACUUCUAUUUCAUCAAUGGCUUUCUGAAUUUCAAUGUGGUUUUUGUGCUGGCCCUGCUCGUGCUGCCUCUGACCUGUCUGAUGGAGUGCCUGCUGCAGAAAUUCCGUGUCCAGAAUCUGGGCCGUCCCUACUGGCUGACCCUGGCUCCCAUGUACAUCUGGAUCCUGAUCUUCUUCAGCCAGCCCCACAAAGAAGAGAGAUUCCUCUUCCCCAUCUACCCCCUCAUCUGUCUCUCUGGCGCCGUGGCUCUCUCUGCUCUUCAGAAAUGUUACCACUUCAUCUUCCAGCGCUACCGCCUGGAGCACUACACAGUGUCCUCCAACUGGCUGGCCCUGGGGACAGUCUUCCUCUUUGGCCUUUUGUCCCUGUCACGCUCUGUUGCCUUAUUCAAAGGCUACCACGGCCCUCUGGACCUGUACCCCGAGUUGCACAGGAUUGCCACUGACCCCAGCAUCCACACGGUGCCAGAGGGCAGGCCCGUGCACGUCUGUGUGGGCAAGGAGUGGCACAGGUUCCCCAGCAGCUUCCUGCUGCCCGACAACUGGCAGCUCCAGUUCAUCCUGUCCGAAUUCCGGGGCCAGCUGCCCAAACCCUUUGCCAAGGGCCCCUUGGCCACCAGGAUCAUUCCCACGGACAUGAACGACCAGAACAAGGAGGAGCCAUCUCGCUAUAUUGACAUCUCCAAAUGCCACUACCUGGUGGACUUGGACACAGCGAGAGAGACCCCCAGGGAGCCAAGGUACUCCUCCAACAGAGAGGAGUGGGUGACCAUUGCCUACAAGCCAUUCCUUGAUGCUUCCAGGUCCUCGCGGCUGCUGCGGGCGUUCUACAUCCCCCUGCUGUCGGAGCAGCACACGAGCUACGCCAACUACACCAUCCUGAAACCGCGCAGGAGGCAGCCCCGGAGGAAGAUGGGGGGCUAGGAACGCACCUGGGCCGGCCAAAAAACCCACCCAAAGCGUCUGCUGGCACUCCUGGGCAGCCCCCCGAGCCCUGCGUGGAGGAUGGGGCUGGGAGCAUCCCCCGAGGAGCUCUGGCAGCCUCUGCUCCUCUGCCAGCCUCUGCUCUGCCUCAAGCCCUUGGAAAAUCCAGCGGGCGCCUGCGGAUGGGUGAUCCCUGCUGCUCCCCGAGAAGAGAAAAACGGAAAAUAAAGCGGGGUGGCAUCGUGAGGUUCUGCUGCAAAUGUGGGAAAACCCAGCUCAAAUUCUCCCUGCCUCUCCCCCGCGCACCCCUCUGCUCUCCUCUCCUGCUGUCUUUCACCCAGGGAAGCUUUUUUCAGGUGACAAAGCUUCGGAAUUUUCCUUUUUCAAGGGGAAAAGGAGGAAGAACACCUGACUGACCAUGAACUGGAAUGUGCUGAACCUCCAGGAACGAACCAUCGUGCACCACAGAGGAGCAGCCAAAGCUGCUCUGUCCAGGAGACGUUUCCAGGGAUAAACCUGUGCUUUUGGGAGGAAAGAAUCAAGCUGGGACAAUUAUGUGUUUAAUGGGAUCAGUGUUUGUGUUAUCUGUGAAGCCAAGUGUCUGUUUGCUAUUUAUAAUGAUUUUUUUCAAGAUCCUUUGACUUCUAGACUUCAGCAUCUUAAAAAUUCUGGAAUCAUCCAGAGAGGAGAAGGAUGAAUCCUAUUUUUUUUUUUUCUUUCUGCAGUUCUGUUUCCCAGAAUAGCCAGGAUGUGUUACGUGGGUCCAGCACGCCUCAGAGCAGUGCUGUGCUUGUUACAUUUCCAUUUUUAAAUGUGCAGCAUCACCA